UCGUCUACUCCUCUUCGUUCUUGCCCUCCGUGUUGUCCCUCUUCGCCGAUGGAGAAAAGCUAGGGUUUUCAAUUGUAAAGUGAGAGAGAAGAGAGAGAUCUAGAUUGAGUUUUCGAGCUCCUUCGAUGGCGGAGGACUCAUCGGAUGCCGUUGUUGGCGCUGAAGAGGCGCAGCCUUCGAGGCCAUCGACGUACAAGGGGAGGUCUUGCAAGGGAUGCCUUUACUACUCGUCCCUGUUGAAAUCUGAUUCCCGGAAGCCCAUCUGCGUUGGGAUCAGCCGGUCUCUUCCUCAUGUUCCUAGCUACAUCGUGGGAGAAUCUGAGGUGGAGGCGACUAAGGAUGGUCGUAACUUGUCAGACUUCAAGUAUGCUUGUGUUGGUUAUUCAGUGUUCUUAGACAACAAAGAUAAUCCUGAUGAGAAGCAAGAAAACCGAUCAGAAUUGCCGUUUUGUGCUGGCAUUGAGCUGUUGAUUGACCGUAGGACCACAACUACUACUGAUCAUGUCCCUGCUCAUGCUUCCAAUAACGAAGAUGGUACCGUUCGCUCUCCACCCCGGCCAUACAAACCAGCGCAUUCGGCCGGUGAGGAAUUCUUCGGCAGGUUCACUAGGAAUGCCGGCCUUGUUGCUUCCGGUGUAAUGAAAAACCUAAACAGAGUGGGCAAUUACAUCAAAGAUUAUUUCGACGACAUGUAUCCUUAUCGUCGUCGACCCAAAUAGGAAAAGCCGAAUUGAAUCCCCAAGUUUGAUUAGAAUAAAUUUCUGUGUACCAAUUUCCAUUGUGUACUGUAUUUUGGUUAAAAGUGAGCUGAAAAAUAUGUUAGUUCAGCCUUCGAACUUCUUGUAUACCAAAGGUAGCAGUCACCUUCCAACUUUUUCAGGCCAUUCAAUAUGUUUUGUAUUUCA